UUCCUGCCCGCGGCCUCAGGCCUGCCGCCCGUCAUCAGAGUGGGAGCGAUGUUCACGGAGGAGCAGCGAGAAGGACCCACGGAACUCGCCUUCAAGUACGCAGUCUAUCGUAUUAAUAAGGACUCGUCGCUUCUGUCCAAUACAACGCUUGUGUACGACAUUCAGUACGUGCCUAAGGAUGACUCGUUCCAUGCAUCUAAGAAGGGACAUCGAGACGUUUGACUUGGAAGACUUCAAAUACAACUUCGUGAACAUGACCGCGUUUCGACUCGUGGAUUCGGAACACUACCGAGUCCGGCGAGUGCUGAAGGACAUGGAGAAGUUCCAGCCCAUUGGACACAACAUCCUCAACCGCAGUCGGGUCAUUCAGGCAGAACCCGCCCUUAUAUACGACAGCGUGCACGUGUUUGCACUGGGACUGCAAGCCCUCGAGAGGUCCACCACGCUCAGGGUUGCCAACCUCUCCUGCGACCAUGAGCUGCCUUGGAGUGAUGGGUCUUCCCUCUUCAACUAUAUAAAUUCGGUGGAAUUCCGAGGCAUCACAGGCCCGAUCCAGUUCAAGGAAGGCCGGAGAACCAACUUUAAGUUAGACAUUCUCAAGUUGAAGCAACAUUCACUCGUUAAGGUCGGGGAGUGGGGUCCAGGUAUCGGGGUUAACAUCACCGAUAGAGCGGCCUUCUACGACCCCGGCACAAUGAACGUUACUCUGCUCGUUACUACAAACUUGGAGACGCCCUACGUGAUGCUACGGAAGGAGGGCAACCUGACGGGGAACGAUCGCUUCGACGGCUUCUGCGUGGACAUGCUGAAGCGCAUCGCCGUCAUGGUGGGCUUCCAGUACAUCAUCCGCCUCUCGCCGUCCAGGACCUACGGCAUCCAGGACCCCGAGACCGGAGAGUGGAACGGCAUCGUCAGGGAACUGCAGGAUAGUAAAGCCGAUCUCGCUAUAGGCUCGUUUACCAUCAACUACGCAAGAGAAAACGUCAUUGACUUCACCAAGCCUUUUAUGAACGUCGGCAUCAGCAUUUUGUUCAAGGUCCCGACGAGCCAGCAGACGCGCCUCUUCUCCUUCAUGAAUCCGCUGGCCAUCGAAAUCUGGCUCUACGUCCUGGCCGCCUACGUGCUCGUCUCCAUCACCAUGUUCAUCGUCGCGAGGUUCUCCCCCUACGAGUGGCACAACCCCCACCCGUGCGCGCAGGAGAACGACGUGGUGGAGAACCAGUUUUCGCUCUCCAACAGCUUCUGGUUCACCAUCGGCACGCUCAUGCAGCAGGGCUCGGAUCUCAACCCCAAGAGGGCGCGGAGGAUCUCGCCUCUCAGACGGAGAUCUCCUACGGGUCCCUGGCAGGAGGCACCACCACGACCUUCUUCAGGGACUCCAAGAUCGAGACGUACCAGAAGAUGUGGCGCUUCAUGGAGAACAAGAAGCCGAGCGUGUUCGUGCAGUCGUACGACGAGGGCGUGCGGCGGGUCCUCGGGGGCAACUACGCCUUCCUGAUGGAGUCGUCCAUGCUGGACUAUUACGUGCAGCGCAAUUGCAACCUCACCCAGAUCGGCGGGCUGCUGGAUUCCAAGAGCUACGGCAUUGCUACGCCCAUGGGGUCCCCGUGGCGCGACAAGAUCUCCCUGGCCAUCCUGGAGCUGCAGGAGAAGGGCGUGAUCCAGAUGCUGUACAACCGCUGGUGGAAGAACACGGGCGACACGUGCAACCGCGAGGACAGCAACAAGGAGAGCAAGGCGUCGGCGCUCGGGGUGGAUAACAUAGGUGGCGUGUUCGUGGUGCUGCUGUGCGGCCUCGCCUUCGCCGUCCUCAUCGCCAUCCUGGAGUUCUGCUGGAACGCCAAAAGAAACGCACAGAUAGAUCGGGACUGCAGUAUGCAUUUAGGGGAGCGUCAAUUCAAACAAUCGCUCUGUUCGGAGAUGGCGGAGGAGCUGUGCUUCGCCAUGCGCUGCCGCGGGUCGAGGCAGCGGCCGGCGCUGAAGCGGCAGUGCUCGCGGUGCAUCCCUGGCGCCACCUACGUCCCGUCGGCACUCGAAGUCCCGCACCUCAACGGUAACGGAGAGACUGGGCAGACGGGGACGACUGAGCUACGACCUCGAAAAUCCUCCUUAAAGACGUCCUUACACAGCCUCGCUCCUCCUUACGACCUCAAGGUCACGCCGGAUAUCAACUAGCUGAGACGAAGAUAAGAAAUCUGCGGGAGUCGAGCGGGGCUGUUCCUUCUCCAGUGGAGAUGGAGGAAUUUCUUACUUUUAUCUCUUAUUUAUCCUUUUUUUUCUUCUCUGAAUUUGCUUUUGGUCAGUCAAUUUGAUUAGCAAUUCUUGAAGCCAGUGCGAACUCACAGUGGUGUAUAUAUCAUAACAUUCUCUUACGACGCAAGAGAAAAC